GUCAGGUACCUUUACCGAGGGGCAAGUACUAGUCUCUUUCCCCCACGGGAGGACUUGGGCUCGUCCUUCUCAGUCCGCGCGCCCCGCGGCGGGACGGAUCGCUUCCCGGGGUGGGGGGUUGAUAGAGGCAGCGACCACACCCGGCACAGGCGGCCAUGGGGAAGCGAUACUUCUGUGACUACUGUGACCGCUCCUUCCAGGACAACCUCCACAACCGCAAGAAGCACCUGAACGGGCUGCAGCACCUCAAGGCCAAGAAGGUCUGGUACGACAUGUUCCGAGAUGCAGCCGCCAUCUUGCUGGAUGAACAGAACAAGCGGCCCUGCAGGAAGUUUCUGCUGACAGGCCAAUGUGAUUUUGGUUCCAACUGCAGAUUUUCCCACAUGUCAGAGCGGGACCUGCAGGAGCUCAGUAUCCAGGUGGAGGAGGAGAGGCGGGCCAGGGAGUGGCCAGUAGAGGCCCUGGACCUCCCCGAGGUCCGUCUGGAGAACUGGCUGGAGAAGAGAACCAAGCGGCUGAGCUCAGCCCCCAGCAGCAGGACUGAACCUGUCAGAUCUGCUGUAUUCCAGUAUCCUGUGGGCUGGCCACCCAUCCAGGAGCUGCCCCCAUCCCUGAGGGCACCCCCACCUGAGGGGUGGCCCCUGCAGCCCAGCGUGCAGUGGGGCUGAGCGCUUUGCCCCUGCCUGACCCCCGGUGAUUGGCUGCCUCAUUGGUCACAAUGAAGACAAGGCUUGAACUAGGGAGGUCGUGUCCUGUGGAGCCUCUGAAACUGUCGGACUUGGCCUGGCGUCACUGAGGCCCAGGGUCCCCACCCCAGACCCAGCUCUGCACCAGGCAGCUCCACUCUCACUCCCCUCUGCCCUUCCUCCUUUAUGGGACACCUUGAGAGGACGUGCGAGAAGCACUCCAUGAACUUCUGGGUGUUCAUAAACAAAGUCUGUCUGCA